AUGGGCGGCAUUACCUUCCCCAAGAUCUACAACACCUACUUCGUAGCGUUCAUUGCUACCGUGGGUGGUAUGUUGUUUGGUUUCGACAUUUCGAGUAUGUCGGCGAUCAUAGGUACUAAACAGUACAAUGCCUACUUCAACAAUCCCGCUGGGGUCACGCAGGGUGCGAUCGGUUCUGCUCUCGCUGCAGGGUCUGUUGUGGGAUCCAUCAUCGCUGGGCCGGUCUCCGACAAGAUUGGCCGACGAGACUCGAUCAUGUUUGCUUGCUUGUGGUGGCUCGUCGGUACCGCCGUUCAGACAGGUACUCAAGGAAUAGGAUCUCUGAUUGCUGGUCGUGUCCUCAAUGGCGUUUGCGUCGGCAUCACCAGUUCUCAGGUUCCAGUGUAUCUAGCCGAAAUAUCUCGCAAGGAAAAGAGGGGUGCUAUCAUUAUCAUCCAACAACUUGCCAUUGAAUGGGGUAUCUUCAUCAUGUACUUCAUCGGCUAUGGGUGCAGCUUUAUUGAAGGGCCGGCCUCCUUUCGGACUGCUUGGGGUAUCCAGUUUGUCCCUUGCGUCUUUCUUAUGAUCGGCCUGCCAUUUCUACCUCGAUCGCCUCGGUGGCUUGCAAAAGUCGAUCGGGGUGAUGAGGCCAUCAAGAUCCUCGCGAAAAUCCAGGCUGGGGGAAGAAUCAAUGACCCCCUUGUCGUGGCUGAAUGGGAGGAAAUCACUGAAACCCUGGUGGCCGAAAGAUCAGCUCCUCCAGGCUGGCGUAAAUUUGUGGUUAACGGCAUGUGGAAGCGGACUCUGGCUGGCUUCACGGUUCAGAUGUGGCAACAAAACUCUGGAGCAAACGUUAUGACCUACUACGUUGUCUACAUUUUCAUGAUGGCUGGUCUUACUGGCAACAUCAACCUGAUCGCCUCAGGAGUGCAGUAUGCGCUCUUCAUCAUUUUCACUUCGAUCAUGUUCUUCUAUAUUGAUCGAACUGGUCGCCGACAACUUUUGAUUUACGGAGCCUUGGCCAUGGGAGCCUGUCAUUUCGUCGUGGGAGGCAUCCUCUCCGCUGGUGAGAGUGUUCCAGGCGGUGUCGGAGGGAAUCCGAACGUCCUUAUCAAAGUUGAGGGAUCCAAGGCAAACACUGUCAUUGCCUUCUCCUAUCUUUUGAUCAUCGUCUAUGCGUUGACGUUGGCUCCUGUCGCAUGGGUCUACGCUGCGGAAGUUUGGAGCUUGGAGACUCGCGCAACCGGUAUGGGUAUUUCAGCCCUGGGCAACUGGCUCUUCAACUUCGCACUUGGCCUCUACAUUCCUCCCGGCUUCCAAAACAUCAAAUGGGGCAUGUUUAUUGUUUUCGGAAGCAUGUGUAUCCUCGGAGCUGUUCAGUUUUAUUUCACUUAUCCUGAGACUUGCAACAAGACUUUGGAGGAAAUCGAGGAGUUGUUCCAAGACUGGUCAAAAAUUCCUCCAUGGAAGACAACCGUCGGCCAGUCGAGACUAGACAGACUUGUCGACCAAGCACGGGAGAGGCACUUCAGCGUCGAAGAUGUUCAGAAGAGGACUGGUUCCCUCGGCCACGAAGUGCACAUCGAGACUGCCAACACUGACGAAGAAAAGGCCGCUAUUGAACAAGUCAAGCACCAAGCAGCGGAAGACCUGGCACAAAGCCAUAAUCACCCCACCGCCUAA